CGUUUUGACAUAUCUCAGCGAAUUGUCGAUUGUUGAUUUGCUGAAUUAAAGAACAUAAUUAUGGCCACAAAAGGAUUGUUUGCCGUAAAUUUCGAAGUUUUUGGAUUAGUUCAAGGUGUGUUUUUCAGGAAAUAUACUGUGCAGCGGGCAAAAGGCUUGGGGUUAAGAGGAUGGUGCAUGAAUACUCCUAACGGAACCGUGCAAGGACAAUUGGAAGGUCCAGAAACGAAAAUAAACGAAAUGAAAGUUUGGUUAGAAACUAAAGGUAGCCCUAGUUCGCGGAUCGAUAAGGCGGUUUUUAGUGAAAUGAAAUCGAUAGAAAAAUAUUCAUUUUCCGAUUUUGAAGUUAGACAUUAAUAGGAUUGUGCGCUGCCUAAACAAGUUUGAUUUUAUACAUUGCCUGACAUUGCUUGUAGCGAAUUCGCUUGAAAAUAAGAAAGCCUAGCCGAUCAGAAAGAUGAAGAAACGGACACUUACUCCGUGCAAGCGGACGUGUGGAUGUUCCAGUAAGGCAACCUGCGCUGCUGGUAAUUUCCUUAAAUUGGAUAGUUGGAAAAUAUAAUAACAAUUUAAUUCCAGGCACACCUGCUUAACAGAAGUCUUACCCUCGCCUAUUUUAAAUGAGAACGGUCUUCCAUAUCAAAAGAGAAGGGAAUCGAAACAUGCUGUCCUUUCACCAAUCGCAAUCACGAACUUUAUAAAUUAGUAAUUUACUUUCAAUAUUGUUUUUUUUUUUUUUUUGUAAUGCAUUAGAAAAGUAAUUGUGCGUAAAGAAGAAGAUAAAUCGGUUUUAAGCAAAUUUAAGGAAUAACUUAAUUUGAAUAU